AUGAUUGAUACCGUCAUAUCGGCCGAAAUUCCAGAUCAAACCAUCGACCCAGGAUUAUUCGAAGUUGUCACGAAAAAUAUGAUUCACGGUCCCUGUGGUGAUAUUAAUCGAAAUUCACUUUGUAUGAUUGAUGGUAAAUGUUCGAAACGUUUUCCAAAGCAAUUGAUUGCUGAAACAAUUACAGGAGAUGAUGGAUAUCCACAGUAUCGUCAACGAUCAACUGACGACAACGGUAAAUCAACUUAUGUGAAUAAGGGCAGCGAUAUGGCUGUUUUUGGAGUGGCUCCUGAGAAUAAUCAUGACGAAAUUUUGCAGUACCAAAUGGGGCGCUUUAUUAGUACGAAUGAAGCUGUAUGGCGUAUUUUAUCGUUUCCAAUUCAUGACAGACAUCCGGUUGUUGUACAUUUGGCAGUUCAUCUUGAAAACGGGCAACGUGUUUACUACACUGCUGCAAAUGCCGAACAAAGAGUAGUAGAGGAGACACCAGUAACUACACUGACAGCUUAUUUCCAGUUAUGUGAAACUGAUGAAUUUUCCAGGACUUUGCUAUAUUCGGAAGUGCCUCACUAUUUCACAUGGAAUGCAUCAACAAAAAAAUUUCAACGUCGCAAACAAGGCACACCUGUUGAUAGUUAUCCAGGUAUUUUUCGAACAGAUGCUUUGGGACGCAUUUAUACAGUUAGUCCAGCUAAUGUUGAAUGUUUUUACUUGCGACUUUUGUUGGUGAACGUACAUGGUCCUCAAUCAUUCCAACAUUUACGAACUGUUAAUGGUCAAUUGUGCGCAACAUACCGUGAAGCAUGUCAACACUUGCAUUUGCUGGAAGAUGAUACGCAUUGGGAUGCUACGCUUCGUGAUGCAUCAAUUGUUUCUCCACCAAUUCAAAUUCGUAUGUUAUUUGCGAUCAUAAUAUCAACAUGUUUUCCAUCAAAUCCACUGGAAUUGUGGAAUAAAUACAAAGAUUUUAUGGCUGAAGACAUUUUGAUUCGACUUCGACAUCGUUCCAAUGAUCCUGCAUUGCUGCUGACAUUGGAAAUGUAUAAUGAAGCCUUGAUAAUGAUCGAAGAUUUGUGCCUUACGAUUGCAAAUAAGGCAUUAGGGCAAUUAGGAUUGACUCCACCAAAUCGUCCAAUGCAUGAUUUAUUUGAACGAGAAUUGCAACGCGAACUGCAAUUCGAUCGUAAUGAAUUGCUGAUGCAAGCUGUCAAUGACAACACUGGUGGAUUGUAUUUUUUGGAUGCACCUGGCGGCACUGGAAAAACAUUUUUGAUUUCAUUAAUACUGGCAACGAUUCGGUCGGAACAAAAAAUCGCAUUGGCACUUGCUUCUUCCGGAAUUGCAGCUACAUUACUUGAUGGCGGCCGCACAGCACAUUCCGCCUUGAAAUUGCCAUUGAACAUGCAAGCAAUUGAAACACCAACAUGCAAUAUUUCAAGGAGUUCUGGAAUGGCUAAAGUCUUGCAACAAACAUCCAUUAUUUUAUGGGACGAAUGUCCAAUGGCCCAUAAAAAAUCUUCGGAAGCCUUAAAUCGAACAUUACAAGAUUUGAGACGGAGUUUACAGCUGUUUGGCGGUGCAUUAAUAUUGUUAUCUGGUGAUUUUCGUCAAACGUUGCCUGUUAUUCCGAGAUCAACACCAGCUGAUGAAAUUAAUGCAUGUUUGAAAAGUUCAUUUUUGUGGGCACACGUACAAAUGCUUUCGUUGACGACCAAUAUGCGUGUGCGUCUUCAAAAUGAUUCUUCAGCACCACCAAAAAAUGUCAAUGUCAAUGAAAUCAAUUUCCACAUCCAGGAAAAAUUGCCAGGUAAUUCGGAAACGUAUAAAUCCUUUGAUACUGCUGUGAAUGAUGAAGACGCAGUCAAUUAUCCGGUUGAAUUUUUAAAUUCUUUGGAACCACCAGGCAUGCCACCGCAUAAUUUGAAUUUGAAAGUUGGUUCAUCGAAUAUACUUCUUCGAAAUCUUAAUGCACCGAAACUUUGUAAUGGGACGAGACUUUCAGUGAAGAAAUUGAUGCCAAAUUUAUAUCAAGCAACAAUUCUCACUGGCAAAGCAAAAGGUGAAAUUGUACUAAUACCGCGCAUCCCAUUAAUACCAACGGGCAUGCCAUUCGAAUUUAAACGUCUUCAAUUUCCUGUUCGGCUAUCUUUUGCUAUGACCGUCAACAAAGCCCAAGGGCAAACGCUCCAGGUGACACCCAUCAAAGCAGUUGGCCAAAAAGUCGCCAGCAAACUCAAACGUCGCCAAAUACGCUGUGACUAA